GUGCUGGUGUGGUUUGGAUCUCCUGAGAAUAUCUUCACCUGGAAGCUGCCAGGCUUAACUGCUGCUUCUGAGACUUACUUUACGUGUGGAUCCAUGGCGGGAGCCGUGCGCAUUGGGGACCAGCUCAUUCUGGAAGAAGACUACAAUGAAUCCUACGUUCCUAUGGAGCAGGAAAUCCGGGAUUUUGCGCCCACAAUCGGGAUCGACCCCGACAAGGAGUCAGAGCUGCUGUGGCUGGCCAGGGAGUGCCUGGUGACCCCAAUGCCCCCGGAGUGGAAGGCCUGCCAAGAUAUCGCGGGUGGUGACAUCUAUUUCUUCAACUUUGAGAGUGGCCUCUCCUCGUGGGAGCACCCCUGUGAUGAGCACUACAAGCAGCUGGUCAUCCGGGAGAGGGAGAAGCUGCUGGCACGGGGCAGCGUGAAGAAGGAGAAGAAGGAGAAAAAAGAGAAGAAGGACAAGAAGGAGAAGAAGGAGAAGAAAGAGAAGAAGAAGGACAAGAAGGAGAAGCAGCUCCUGAGGCAGCUCCCUCCCCCAGGCUCCCAGCUGGCGCCCCUCCAGCCCCCCCUGGGCACCCUCUCUCCUCUCCGGGGCCUCACCCCCUCUUCCUCCCUCGCCCUUCGUGGCUCCCUGAACCUGGACCUGGGCAACGUGGUGGACUCCAGCCUCAUCCCCAAGGAAGGAACGCUGCCUGCAGAGAUCCCGAAGCCCAGCAGCCACACCAAGAACCUGCUGGAUUUGAUCUGUGAAGAGAAACGUUCCUUGAGCGUGGCAGUGCCAGAGAAAUGGAGAAAUGAAGAGGAAGAGAGUGAAAAUGAGAGUUUCCAUGGGACCUCAAGGCUGCUAAAAAACGUGUACCUGGAUGUUGAAGCCCUGGCAGGCAGCUUCGACUUUGAGGAGAACAGCAAGGAGGAGCAGGAGGAUCGUGGCAGCCCAUCAGCUGGUGCUGCUGAAGCUGCUCCCCAGCCCCACGGGAGCCCUGAGGAGGAAGCUGCCAGCCUGGGAGAGAAGGAAUCUUUAAAAUCGAGACAUCCUGAAGAAGUGGCAGAGUCUUCCCUGGACUCUGGUGCCGCGUGCCCUCCGUCUCCGGUUCAGCUCCUCUCCGGAGACGCUGACAGCAGCCUGUCUGCCCAGGAGCCUGCUGGGGGUGAAGCAGUGCACAAAGAAGAUGCUGAGGUGGAAGGAGACGCCUCUGCAGCUGAGGAGCUGCCUCAGUCUGGGGGGGAAAGGAGCGCAGCAGGGCCGGACGUGCCCAGCUCUGCCGGGCAGCCCCGAGCCGCCCCUCCGGCCACGGAAGGGGCUGGGGCAGAUCAGCUGGCCAGCCCGGCUGCCACUGCUGCCACCCUGUCCUGUGGAGAAAAGGGACUGGAUGAAGAGAGGGAAGAAGCAGCAGCUGAUUCAGUAUCAGAGGACAGGCUGGAUGAUGGCAAACUUUCAAAGGCAUCCGGGGGCAGCGGCUGCGAGCAGGACUUGCCAGUCUCCAAGUGCUCUGACCAUGAGGUGGUUCAGCCUGUGGGCUUGAAGAGCCAGCUCUCCGAGGAGCUUCUGGGCCUGGGGACUGUGUCUCCUGACUUGGACAGCCCCGAGUGCAAGGCCCAGGAGCUGGGAGCAGAGGAAAAAGACCAAAGCAAAGCCAGUGUAGAGGAAGAGCAAAGGGAAAGAACAGAAGCUGCUGAGAGGCAACCUGAGAAGGAAAUUGAGCAGUCCUUGAACCAGCCUGAGGAUGAAUCCCUGGAGGAAAUAGUCAAGGAGGUGGAGACAAAGCUGGAGCAAGAGGAAAUACAUUUAUUUCAAGCAAAGGAGGAGAAAAUCCAGCAAUUCCAGGAGAUGAGGCAGAAGGAGGAGGAGGAGGAAGCUGAAAAGCUUCAUCAGCACAAAGAAAAGCCCCUCAGCGCUCCAGAAGAAGAUUUAGCAAAAUCUGAGCGGGAAGAGGAAGAGAUGCUUCUCAGAGAGGAAAAAGCCAAGAGACUCGAAAAGCUGCGAGCCCAAAUCGCCGCAGAGAUCGAGGCAGAGGAGGAGAGGAUGAGGGCAGAGCAGGAGGCCACGCUGCAGCAGCUCAGGGAAGAGUGGGAAUCCCAGCAGCUGGUGGAGAAGGAGAGCCUGCAGAGGAAGCAGCAGCUUGCCUUGGAGGAAAUGAAGCUGGCAGCGGAGGAAGCCCAGCAGAAGGAGAUGAGCAAGCUGGAACAGGAGAAGGAAGAGUUCCUGAGCGAGCUCAGGGACAGGUUAGACAGGGAGAAGAAGAAGGCAGCAGAGGAGCUGGAAGAACAGUUUGCCAGUGAACUCCAGCAGCUGAAGUCUGCAGCAGAGGGGAAGCACCGGGAGGUCAUUUCCAGCCUGCAAGCCCAGCUGGCAGAGGCACAGAGCAGCCAGGAGGCCCAGCUACGUGAGGAGCUGCAGAGAGCAGAUCAGAAAGUGCAGGAAAAAGCCCUUAAAGUGAAGGAAUACGAGCGUGAGCUCAGCGAGCUGAUGAGCGACAAACGGCGCGAAGUGGAGAAGGAGCACGAGAGGAGAACGGAGAGGAUGAGAGAGGAGCACCGGGAGGCCCUGGCACGGAUCCAGCAGCAGCACGAGGAGGAGGAGCGGAGGCAGAGGUCGGAGCUGCUGCAGGGGCUGCGCAGCGAGGCCGCGCGGCUGCGGCAGCUCCACGACGCCGACGUGAAGGGGCUGCAGGCAGAGCUGGAGGGGAGGCUGACUGCCCUGCAGCAGAGGCACAGGGAGAAGGAAAGAAAGCUCCAGGAUUCAGAGAAGGAGCUUGAGAUCCGCAUGAAAAACAUCCAAGCCAGAUCAGAGCAGCUCCUGAGCCAGGAGGAGUCCCUGCAAAGGAGGAGGCAGCUGCUGCUGGAUGAGGACGCCCGGAUGCAGCUCGAAAGAGACGAAGCUGCUCUAGCCUCUCAGCUGCGCCUGGAGGAGAGCAGGAAGGAGCACUCCAGCCUGCUGGAGUCCAUCCGGCAGCUGCGCAAGACCCUGCAGGAGCUGCAGGACCAGAAGGCUGAGCUGGAGGCCCAGGUGGACUUGCUGCAGAGCCGGAGCCAGAGGCUGCACAAACGCAUCGGAGAGCUGGAGGAAGCAAUCAGGAGCAAGCAGGAGGCUCUGAAAGAACUGGAGGCAGAAGAAAGUGUGGAAUCUCCAAGAAAGAAAGCCGAGCUCUGCGUUGAAGACCUGAAAGAAACUCCUCAAGCUCACUCGUCCAGAGAGCCUCCCCCAGCCUCUCAGAGCCCCGAGGAGAGCGACCUCCAGCUCGAUGGAGUGCAGAGCUACAUCUCGGCAGAGGGGCAGUCCCUGCGCAGCACCAAGGAGUUCCUGCUGCGCCAGAGCCGCUCCCUGCGCCAGCGGCGCUCGGCGCUCAGGGCUGCCAGGCUGCAGUGGGGCCAGGACCUGCGCAGGGCCCGGGAGGCCGUGCAGGACCCCCACAGCUCCCAGCUCCUGCAGGGCGUGCGCCAGAACCUGGAGGAGGAGGCAAAGGAGUUGGACAAGAUGAAGUCGGCCAUGCAGAAAGGACAGGUGCUGCUGAAGAAGAAGGAGGAGAAGCUCAGCCAGCUGGAGUCCUCGCUGCUGGAGGAGCUCUCAGAUGAGGAUACACUGAAGAGUUCAGCGUGCAAGAAGGUGGUGACGUUUGAUCUGAGCACCUCUGAGGACACAAGCAGCACGUCCAGUGUGAAUCUGGGCCAGUUGAGAUCUGACUUGAGAAUGGAUUUCUGGCCUGCCCUCCAGCAGGACAAGAUCCAGCACCUGAGGGACUCCGUGCAGAGCAUCACCAGCGAGCUGAACGGGGUCCUGGGGUUCCUGAACUCCCUGAGCCAGCACCAGCCCCCUCUCCUCACCUCCACAGCCCGUGAGGGCAUCCCCCUUCCCACCUAUCCCUCCUUGGCAGGCCUGGGGGGGGGCAGCUCCCUGGGGAACCCCCCCAGGGUGUCCCCCCUGGACCAGUGGGCCCGGAGCAGCAGGCCCAGCUCUAAUUAUUCCAUCUCAGGGCAGUCAGUGGACAACAUGCUGACAGAGAAAUGGCACAGGUAUUUCCCAGGUGGGUUCCCGUCGCUCGGUGGGAGUCCUGUGCCUCUGGACAGCAAGCUGGGCUAUGUCCCUGCAGGUGAACAAAUCAGGCUCUUCCAGCAUUCCAAGUUCAGUGAGCCAGAGACAAGGAAUAUUGAGGGGAUGAUUGAGAGCAACAAGAAAUGGCUGAAAGGCUUCAAGAAGGAUUCCAAAGUACCUCUCUCCCCACUGGCAGAGAAGCCCCCAGGCAGCAGCCCCAGCCUCCUGCAGCUGGGACUGGAUGAAAACAGAGAGAUCAAGGUGUACCAGUACUGAAAGCUGCCGAGCCACUCGCCCGUUCUGGCUGACGAGGACGCUGCACUUCAAGGGAGCCCAUCUGUGAGAAACCAUCUUCAAAGCCAUUCUCCUGAGACAGCUGCUGGGGGCAGGCUGUGAAGCUGCUGCCCCACACCCCCCGUGCUGUGAGAGCCCCUGGGGUGGGUAGGGUGGGCAGUGGGGGGAGCCCCCCUGCUCUGCUCCCUGGGUGCAGUGUGCUGGCACACGCCGUGAGCCUGGCACGGGGAUGUUUACAUAGACAUCUAUUUUUGAUGAACAUCAUUUUAAAACUCUGAAGAAUGUCUGUAUUUUAUUUUUCCUUGCUGUUUUUUCUAGAAUUUUUGUAAUUACUCAAUAGCCUUAUGCCUUCCUAGGAAAGGAGGGAUCCAAACACGGGUAUCCCAUCUGCUGUUGGAUUGCACAAACCCCUUCCUGUAGGGAUUUUGCUUUUAGUUUACUGGAUACUCAGAGGACACGUGGCAGUCCUUCCAGUCAGGGGUUUUAGAAGGCACCCCACAGUUGUGGUUGCUGUGGCCAAAGCCAUAUCACGGAGUCCAUUCUGUGUUUUGGGAGAAGCAUGCAUUAAUGGUGCAGGGAAAUGCCAGUUUUUAUUAACAAUAACUUGGUUUGAAACAUGCUCCUUUUUCCUGUUAAAACCCGGGAUAGCAGCUGUAUCUGUUUUUGUAUAAAUUAUAUCAACAUGAAUCUGUUUUGUAUGA